UGCCGGACUUUCGUUUGUCCGACUCGUGGUCCUGGAACCAGCACGGUCGGCCGGCCCGUGUCGCCCACUCACCAAGCCGCACUUCUUGUAGCCCUGUUUACGAGACGUCCGUGAUCUCCGUAGGCGAUCGGUGAUGCGAGGUGCGGGUGGUGCACCGGCACGUAUGGAGGGCCGGACGUUCACAUCGGAGUGGUGCGGAGAUGUCGGAGAACAGCCGAACAUGGACAUUGGGGAAGUGAUCGGGACGCAGUUAGAGGGCGAUGGGUAUAGGGCGAGUCUAUCUGCACAAUCGUGGCAGUACAUGGACGACCAUCCUUCCACCUUCUUGCCUCCAACACACGGCGGUGUGCACGGUUCGAACGGCCGACCCUCUCUCGCCAUGGCAGUGCAGGAUGUAUAUGGAUGUGGAGGUCGGGGUGCGUACCCGACUACAAUGUCCAACUACGGUAUGCAUCAAGGUUCUAGUGGGGUGUAUGGCCAAUGUACGCAGCAGCCUCGUAUGCGGGCAGUACCUCCGAGGACCGACUCCCCCAGAUGGGGUUGUGUCCCCGAGCAUUCUGUUCAGUCGUCGCAGUCGUCGCAACAUCGUCUGCAAGGUCUACCGCCACUAUCUCUGCCGGUGAACAGACGCACAGCAACAAUGGGUGAAGACAACAGUCCCGGACAGGCGAGGGCGCAGCAGAUUGCAACGGGUGCAUCGGGUACCCGGGCUGCGGGAGGGCCAUCACGUGGUGCCGGCAUGGGGAGUGCAGAAGAGCAGCAGCAACCAUCGGGGAUGGCGGAGCACGUCGUGGACGAAGUUGAAAGGCCACGAUCUGUGUUGACGAUAGGUGGCGAAGGUAGAACAACAGCGUCCCAAGGCAUGGGCGGUGGUGGUGAGAAGAGAAAGGCCCCAAAGCCAUCGCCGCAACCAAAGAAGAACAGCAUAUGGACGUUGGAGGAGCGAGUGUUGUUGGCGAAAGUAAGCAGCGAGGAUGACGCUCUCAUGGCCGAUGCUGAAGGUGCCCACUGUAACAUGACCAAAAGCAGGCGGUACGACUGGAUAGCGGACCGUAUGAAAGAAGAGGGUUACACACGUUCUGGGGAAGAUUGUCGGAAGAAAUGGGUUGAGCUGACAAAGAAAGUGAAGGAGAUCAGAGAUGCCUGCGACAGAUCUGGCAAACCGACGUAUUGGGGGUUUACGACUAAGGAAAGGAAGAAGUUGGGCAUCAACAUGACUUUCGAGAGGGCGUUGUGGGAUGCCAUGGAGUGGUACCGUACGAAGGCCGCAUUCUCCAUGGACAACACCAUGGCCAGCAAGGAUGUGAAAGGGGGCGGGUGUACGGCGGGCAACGACGGUUGGUCGGAGGGAAUAGGGACGGAUGCUUCGGACAGUGCAACGAAGACCCGUAGGACAUCGUCUGGCAAGAGUCGUGGCGGAGAUCCCGCACCUUCGUCUCCAGGUUUGGUUACAACGAUGGAGGAAUCGACCCGUUCAGUUUGCGAUGGUUUGGACAGGGUCGCCUCGACGCUGGCUCGAGCAUCUGCCGAAGGUGCUGCUAUGCUCGCUGCCCGGAUCGGUGACGUGGCGACGGAGAUUGGUCACGUCGCCGGGGCUAUGCAGCAGGGAAACUCCGCUUUGGAAAUGUUGGUGGGAGUGAUGGCGGGCAGGGCCUAGGGAGGAGGCGCGAGAUCGCAGGAGGGGGAGGGGGGGAACCCCCCUUGAGCGGAGCCGUCGGAGGCGUCGACACGGUCGUGCUCGUACAUGGGUUGAGCAAGGGUUUAUGAGUUUUCGAUCUGUGGUGUCGGCAUGUGGGCCAGAUCGGACUCCCCAUUCGGCCCAGGGGUCGGCGAAUGUGAUCCCUUGGUCCAUGACGGAAAAAAAAAAAAAAAAAAAAAAAAAAAAAAUCAAAACAAAUCGAAGCGACUUGA